AUGGAAGAAGCCGAAGUAGACCCGGGGACCUACAGCCAACGACGCCCUGCCCGAAUUUUUCUACCAAAUGCGACGCCCAUCCCUUCCGCGGAGACUCGGACACUCACAAGCGCCGUGAAAACGUUGAUCGACCUCUGCGACAGAGGGCUCCACGAUCAAUCGCUGAUCCGUCUCGACCAGCUGAACGUCACCCGGGCCUGCUCACACGUCCAUUUUCACAUGUGGCGACGGACGAUGGCUGUGUUUCGUGCAGCAAAGAAGGUACUUCCAAAAGAGCUGAAGACAUGGCUUCAAGAGGCGCACAAGGGCUUGUCAGCGCAUUUCCAGAUGAGUGAAGAGGCGUUGAAUCACUUGCAAGCCCGAGUUUAUGAGCAGUUGUAUCGGCUAGAGACGCUUCAUAAACGAUGUAUGCACGCGUCGGAGGGUUGUAUGGAUUAUUUGGAUCUUGGGCAUUGGCAAAGCCUCUCCAUGGUCCUGAUCGCGAUCGCAGCCGAUAUUUUCUGCGAAAUCAAGCAAAUCGUCGAGGUCCUUUUAAAAGUCUACUCAACAGUCGCUUCAAUAAAACGAGAAGAAGUUAUUUUUCCAGAUGCAGAAAGAAUAGGAAACAAGUUCCAUUAUUUGAUGGUGAAAGGGGAUAAGAACGUGGAUUACACGGAGGUCGAGAAGAUUCUCAAGAUCUCGCAAGAACAAGUAGAAGAAGCGGAUAUUGCUGUAGAAGUGAAAAAGAUCAAGGGCGAAUCACGCGCAAAUAUGAGACCCAUCGACCUGGGGGUGACAAUAAGUCGCGAGAAUUUUGAGGAAAAACUUGUAGCAACAUCUCAGCCAGAAGAGGCGACCCCGUCUAUUUCGGAAAAUGGCUCAAAGAAAAGGAAAAAGAAGAAGCUACGGCCAUCCGCCAUGGAUACGUCAUUGCCCGGCAACGGCCUUUCGACGCCCCCUUUCCCGGCCGUGAAGCCCAAAACCACACUUCCGAAAACCCCAGUCCAAUCGAUAUCAGAAGGGGUGCGCAAACGAAAGAAGAAAAAGCGAAAGAUCGAAGAGACUGUCGCGCCAGAAGUCCCGAAAAAGAAGAAACGGAAACGGGCGAUUGUCGAGGAACCGUUGAGCGAACAGCCGACAGGGAAGAGGAAGAAGAAGUUGAAAAAGAAGAAACUAGCGCCGACCGCAAGC